AUGGAGCUUGUUGCUUUCAAAAGACAGAGUCCAGCCACAAUCCCUGACUGUGUGAUUUAUAACGACACAUACGUCUGCACUGGCGCUCUGUACCGCAUGUACUGCAACACAAGAAUUCACUAUUUCUACUACCAGAGAAAUCAAAACCAAAUCCACACUCUGUCCUCCUGCUUCUGUGAGACCCUCAGCAACAGCACUUCACUCAAUAUAAAUCUGCCUCCAGUCUCAGCCCCUGACUGUGAGCUUUAUAAUGACACCUACAUCUGCACCGGUGCUCAGUACCGCAUUGCUCCAUCCUCCUGCUACUGUAAAGAUUUCAGCAAUAACAUCACCAUCCCUGCAGGAGUCAGUCCAGUCUAUGACUGUGUGCUUUAUAAUGACACAUACGUCUGCACUGGCGCUCAGUACCGCAUGUUCUGCAACACAAGCAUGCACAAUUUCAACUACCGGAGAAACACAAACCAAAACCAGUACCAGAGCCGGUGCUGGAGUAAUAACUGUGAUUGCUAUGGUAAUAAAGACACCUGUGGAUGCUACAGCAGGACUCUGUCCUCCUGCUUCUGUGAGUCUUAUGGAAAAAGCAUCGCUCUCACUGCAGCAGUCAGUCCUGUCUAUGACUGUGUGCUUUAUAAAGACACUUACAUCUGCACUGGUGCUCAGUACCGCAUGUUCUGCAACACAAGCAUGCACAGUUUUGACUACCGGAGAAACACAAACCAAAACCAGUACCAGAGCCGGUGCUUGGGUAAUGACUGUAAUUGCAAUAGUAAUAAAGACACCUGUACCUGCUCCAGCAGCACUUGGUCCUCCUGCUACUGUGAGUCUUAUGGAAAAAGCAUCUCUCUCACUACAGGAGUCAGUCCAGUAUCUGGCUGUGUGUUUUAUAAUGACACUUAUGUCUGCACUGGAGCUCAGUACCGCAUGUUCUGCAACACAAGUCUACAUAAUUUCUAUUAUGAUAUAAAUGCGCAUCAGUGUACAAGCAGUAUCUGUAGCUGUACUGGGAAUAAAAACACCUGUUCAUGCUCCACUAGUGCUCCAUCCUCCUGCUACUGCACAGAUUACAGUAAUAAAACUAUCCCUGCUGGAGUCAGUCCAGUGUACGACUGCGUGCUUAAUAAUGACACAUAUAUCUGCACUGGUGCUCAGUACCGCAUGUUCUGCAACACAAGCAUGAACAAUAUCUACUACCAGAGAAAUACAAACCAAAACCAGUAUCAAAACCAGUGCUGGAAUAAUUACUGUAAUUGCAAUGGUAAUAAGAACACUUGUACCUGCUCCAGUAGCACUCUGUCCUCCUGUUUCUGUGAGACUUACGGCAAUAUCACAGCUCUCACUACAGCACGCAGUCCAGUCUAUGAGUGUGUGCUUUAUAAAGACACCUACAUCUGCACUGGUGUUCAGUACCGCAUGUUCUGCAACACAAGCAUGCACAGCUUCGACUACCAGAGAAAUACAAACCAAAACCAGUACCAGAGCCGGUGCUUGGGUAAUGACUGUAAUUGCAAUGGUAAUAAAGACACCUGUACCUGCUCCAGAAGCACUUGGUCCUCCUGCUACUGUGAGUCUUAUGGAAAAAGCAUCGCUCUCACUACAGGAGUCAGUCCAGUCUCUGGCUGUGUGCUUUAUAAUGACACUUACAUCUGCACUGGAGCUCAGUACCGCAUGUUCUGCAACACAAGUUUACAUAAUUUCUAUUAUGAUAUAAAUGCGCAUCAGUGUACAAGCAGUAUCUGUAGCUGUACUGGGAAUACAAAUACCUGUUCAUGCUUCUCUAGUGCUCCAUCCUCCUGCUACUGCACAGAUUACAGCAAUAACAUCAUCCCUGCUGAAGUCAGUCCAAUGUACGUCUGCGUGCUUAAUAAAGACACAUACGUCUGCACUGGUGCUCAGUACCGCAUGUUCUGCAACACAAGCAUGAACAAUAUCUACUACCAGAGAAAUACAAACCAAAACCAGUACCAGAGCCAGUGCUGGAGUAAUUACUGUAAUUGCUAUGGUUAUAAAGACACCUGUACCUGCUCCAGAAGCACUUGGUCCUCCUGCUACUGUGAGUCUUACAUCACCACCACAACCACACCCAGUCCAACUACUCCAGCUCUGACUAUCACUCUGCCUGAUCAAUGCACGAGUCAGGGAGGAUGCCUUCAGAAUAUACUUCAGCAGCUGGAGAACGUUACACAGCUUCCAUUAUCUGUUGUGUCUACGGUUUUGGACAUGGCUCUGAACACAUCCGCUGUGGUUUUGCCGUCAACUGAUUCAAAAGAAUUAGCGGCUAAUGGGAAUCGUGUAUUACAAGCAAGUGUGAAGCUCCUAUCUGCACUGGUGAAACCAACAGAGACAAGCGACAAUGUCAGUUUUACUCUCGACACUGUUGAGGUAAAAGUUUUCUCGAUUGGACCAAAAUUCGCUUCAGAACAGUUCCCUCAGCUGGACACAAAAACUGCUUCUAUGGACAUUGAUCUGAUCGGGAUUGCCAAGAGUAACGAGGAAAAAGGAUCUGCUGCUGUGGCUUUCAUGAGCUACACCACUAUGGAGAAUCUACUGAAGGCCGACUUCUUCAACUCACAAAAUAACACCAAUAAAACCAUGAUGUCCACUGUGAUCUCAGCUACACUUCCCAAAACCACCAACACUGCACUCACCAAACCAGUCAACUUCACCUUCAGACACAUCAGAGAGUUUGACCCCAACGGUUCUCUGUCCUGUGUGUACUGGAAUAUCAGCGAGUGGAUUGUAGAUGGUUGUUCUGUGUUAAACAGCAACAGCAGCCACACUGUGUGUUCCUGUGUUCAUCUGUCCACAUUCGCUCUCAUCAUGCAGACCAGCAGCAGUCCACCACCGAGCGAUCUGCUGGAUCUGCUGGAUCUGGUGUGUGUGAUCGUGGGUCUGGUGUUCUUCAGUUUGGCUCUGUUGUCCUUUGCUCUUUGUCAGUGGAGUCCUGGAGUCAAUAAUGUGGCUCGAAUCAACAUCUGCAUCAGUCUGCUGUCGGCUCACCUUCUGUUGCUGCUCACACAACAGUUCCUGAGCCUCAUUCGCCCUCAGCAGGUGUUGUGUGUGGCGAUAGCAGGCCUUCUGCACUUCCUCUUCCUCUCCGCCUUUGUGUGGAUGUUCAUUGAAGCUGUGCUGCUCUUCAUCUGUGUACAGAACCUAUCACAGGUCAGCUCCAAAAAGAAGGAGGUGCUUAGCAGUGGGUUCCUGUGUGUGAUUGGAUAUGUGCUUGCUAUGGUUGUGGUGUGUGUGUCUGUUGGGCUGGUUCCAGAAGGAUACGGCAGUGAACAUUGCUGGAUUAAAUAUGAUAAAGGGUUUAUCUGGAGUUUUCUGGGUCCUGUUUGUGUCAUACUAGCAGUAAGUUUUAGUUACAGACAUUUUUCUCAUGGCCUGUUAAAAUCAACAAAACUCUAA